UUUAACGAGGUGCAGCUCCUUGGUGCCUCACAACUCCUCUGGACGUAUUCUGAGCAGGACCAGGUACCGGUGACAUUUACCCAGGAUGGAUGUGAAGUUACUCGCAGUCGUGGCUGCGCUCACACUGCUGACAUAUGCGCCUCCAUCGCAAGCAAAGCCCAUCAGUCUGGUGGAGAGAUGCUACUGUCGUUCAACAGUCAACAGUCUCCCUCGUGGAUACAUCCGAGAGCUCCGCUUCAUCCAUACGCCCAACUGCCCCUUCCAAGUCAUCGCCAAGCUGAAGACAAACAAGGAGGUUUGCAUGAACCCCGAAAUCAGAUGGCUGCAGCAGUACCUGAAGAACGCCCUCAACAAGAUGAAAAAAUCCAAACACUAAAGUGUCUGCAGGGAUCCUUCUGAGCCAUCAUUAAAGAUAUGGACCAUCGUCACACAUCAUUAUAUAUUUGUUGUGUAUUAAAAAAUCAUGAAAAUGUUAUGUUCUGGAGCACUUACAAGCCUUUUGCAUGAAUCAACCCCCAGUGCAUCACCAAUCAUGCAUUGCGUCCGUCUCGGUUUAGAUCACAGAGAUGUUGUUUGUGCAAAGUGCAAUUAUAUCUGUUUGUUUUGCUAACCACAAUGUAUAUACUGACUUCUUCAGUAAAGGGCUGCUUCAAGACAUAACCAUAGUCAGUGCGCUAAGAUGUAUUCCAUAUUUCACGCUAAUUGGCGCCUAGGAAUUUCUACAGGUACCCCCACACGGCGUACAUAACGUAUAAGAUCCCAGUUAAAGUCCCAAUUACAGUGUUUUUGCCGUGGAAAUAAGGACGCCUUAAAAAGCUUGAGCGUUUCCUGAAACAUUCUGUGGUUUGAGAUAAUGUGACUCCCAACGUUUUCUCACUCAUCAAGAAUAACCUGAACAUCUGGAUCACCCAAACAAGUUUAAUGGAGCGACCAAUAAGAACAAGCUGUCUGGAAUCAUAAAGUUGUUCAAUAACAAGCACCACUGUAAAGAAAUUAAUUGAGCCUCACCGACUGCAGUUCUCAAACAAGAAAGUAUCAACCUGAUAUGGAAACAUGGCGCUGAUCUAUUUAAGUUCAUUUCUAAGAAGUAUGUGCAAAAAACAGCAGAGGAAAAAGUUGUACAUUCAACUGUCAUGCAGAUAAAAAUGCACUUUAUAUCUGAUAUACUACAUAUUCUAACAAAAUAUUUACACACUCACGAAUUAUGUCUUUUCCCACCCCUUUUAUUUUUCUAUGUUUAUGUUCUGUUAUCCCUCUGUUGAAUGAAUGUCUCUCUCACAUGACUCGUUUAAAAUUUGGGAAGAUGUCAGCUAGUCAUUCAAGUCUCCUUGUCAUUUGUAUCAGAAUAAUGUUAUAUAAAGGUUUUAUUUUUGUAUUCUUUAAUGCAUUUAAAUGAAGGAACUGUACUCUCACAACUGAGCCUUGCAGUCAUUUGACUGUGACAAUUGUAUACAGUCAUUCAGUAAAAUAACGAACAAUA